GUUCCUUCAUUAUCUCUUCCGUCGCAAAGCAAGGAUCAUUCUAGCGAAUAUCCGGUAGAACAUCGGAGCUUCUCCCUCCGGCGGCCAGCCUCGCAGGUUCACCUCGUUUUCAGCGGGGAUAAGACUGCACUUAUCCCAUCACAAUGCAGCCAGGUCUUCGGCACGCCUGUUCACAUAAACCUCCAGGCAGUCUUGGGGAACUUCGGGGACCAAAGCUUAGAAAGCCUUCCACAACAAUAUCUCACUUCAUAAGUCUGCCCCGCAAACCAAGAAAGGAUCCGAGCUGCAUAGAUCCUCUUCCCUCCGAGUCCGGAUAUUCGAUUCUUUGGGAAGUAACGCCAACCUAGGUCCAGGAACUCACCUGAAGCUGGGGCCACCGAUGACAACCCAAGGUCAAGAGGCUGGCAUCAUUGCCAAUCACUAUGAACUUAUGGGGCCGAAUAGCAUGCGAAGUAGUCGGGGCUGCAAACUUGAUGGAGCCGAUGAUAUGCCUUUGUUUGAAAACUACGAAAUGCGACUCACGAAUUUAGAAGAGAAGACUCAGAGAAUAUAUACGACAGCGCAACAGGACGACGACGGGAUGACGAUCCCUCGAGGGCCAAAUCUGGAUCUGCUUCCCGGCCCUGCUUGCUUGGAAAACCCCCUACCAUCCGUCCAAUACCUCGACGGCCACCCCGUCACUCCACAAAACUAUCCACUGCCAAUGGAAACCUUUGAGCGAACCAAGCACGGAUUCACUGCCCCUUAUCACUCAUAUUUCCCCCAGAUAUCAUCUUGCUUUUCAAGAACUAAAGGCAGUGUCUCUUUCCAAGAGAGUAGUGAAUCAGAGGGUGAUAUAUCAAGCCUGCAGAAUUGCUUGACACUCUCCUGGCCUCAAGCUCAUGCUGGACUUCAAUUCCAGGCCCGACAUCCAAGUCCCCUGAGGAUUUCUCAAGCCGGGGGUCGUCAAGGUAGUGCUUCCCAAAGCCCUCAGAAGCUUGCUCUAGCCAGAAAACGCCCUCGAAAGAAGCAGCAACUUAACUGUCCUUCCUGCGCUAAAGUCUUCUCACGUCCUUGCGAUCUCAAGAAGCACGGCAGGACACACGAGCGUACUUUCAUGUGCAGCAUCAACGGCUGCACUAAUACUCAAGGCUUUGGUCUGCGCAAAGAUCUCCGGAGACACAUCGACACCGUCCACCUCAGAGCCACCUUCACUUGCCAUUUUACUUCUUGUGGAGAGACAUUUUCGAGAUCUGAUAAUUGCCUCCGACAUUUCGAGGAGCAGCACGUCUAGGACCCCGGACGUUGAGGCCGUCGUCUAUGACUACAACUCUGCAGGAAUAUUCAGACAGCCUGCACAAACAAGUUUGCAGACCAUAUGUGCGAAUUCAUGUGUCCUGGAACCCCGAUGUCUUCCACAUCCUCCACAUCUGUUGCUGCGCUCACCGAUACGAAUGCGCUCAGCCAACUUACCGAUACAGUUAAGGACUCAGAAG